GCCCCGGGGCCCCGCGCGGCGGCGACGACAGCGGCUUGGGGACAAGGCGCGCCCGCGAGUGGGCGCCGACGGGGACCCGCGCUGCGCCGCGCUCCUCAGGGACCCCGCGGGCCGCCGGAGCCUGGUGCUCGCCUCCUGGAAGCCGCGGGUCAGCGCCCGACCCCGAGGGCGCCCGGACCUCGGCGGCUGCACAGAAACUGCCGUUCCAUUGAUUCGGCCCCGCUGGGCGAGCGGCCGGGUGCCUGUGCCCCGGGCGCGUGCGGAAGGCACAGGGGCAGGAAGUCGUCCGCUGCGGCGAGGCAGCGCCCAGGGACGGAGCCUUCCUUAUUUAUGUGUCUGCCGGCAUUUGCCUUCUGCACCGAAGACUUCAGGGAGCGUCUCCGAGCUGACGUUCCCCGUGGGUGAGGCACAGAAGGGCUGGAUGUCUGAACAACAUGAUCAUCCAUUAACUUCCAAACUUUUCUUUUUAACAUUUUAACCCAAAGAAUACCGGUGAUUUUUGUCCACUGCUAGCAGGAGAAGGGAGAACCUGGGGCUCUUGAAAUGCAGCAAAAUCCUUAUUUAUAAACAGGCCUGAAGUAGUGAUAUGCGACUCCCCUCUACUCAGUGAAUCUUCUAUCCUAUGGAUAUCGGCCCUUAGAUUUGAGACCGGAGAGCAAUACUGUCUGCGCUGGGUCUGGCAGCCUCCAUCCUCUCAAUGCCCAGUUUCCUCUGGGACUGCUGGCCCUCCCUGGAGAUCAGAGUGGUACUGUGUGCCAUGGGCUGUAUUCAGAGCAUCGGGGGCAAAGCCAGAGUCUUCCGGGAAAGUAUCACCGUGAUCGACGUGAAAGCCUCUAUCGACCCCAUCCCCACCAGCAUCGAUGAGUCCUCCAGCGUGGUGCUCCGCUACAGGACGCCCCACUUCCGUGCCUCCGCCCAGGUGGUCAUGCCGCCCAUCCCCAAGAAGGAGACCUGGAUAGUUGGCUGGAUCCAGGCGUGCAGCCACAUGGAGUUCUACAACCAGUACGGGGAGCAGGGCAUGUCCAGCUGGGAGCUCCCGGACCUCCAGGAGGGCAAGAUCGAGGCCAUCAGUGACUCGGACGGGGUGAACUACCCCUGGUACGGUAACACCACCGAGACCUGCACCAUCGUGGGCCCCACCAGGAGAGACUCCAGGCUCAUCAUCAGCAUGAACGACAACUUCUACCCCAGCGUCACGUGGGCAGUGCCCGUCAGCGAGAGCAAUGUGGCCAAACUGACCGACAUCUACCGGGACCAGAGCUUCACCACAUGGCUGGUGGCCACCAACACCUCAACCAACGACAUGAUCAUUUUGCACACACUGCACUGGCGCAUGCAGCUCAGCAUCGAGGUGAACCCCAACCGGCCUCUGGGCCAGCGCGCCCGGCUACGGGAGCCCAUCGCCCAGGACCAGCCCAAAAUACUGAGCAAGAAUGAGCCAAUACCGCCCAGUGCCCUGGUCAAGCCCAACGCCAACGACGCUCAGGUCCUCAUGUGGCGGCCCAAGUUCGGACAGCCGCUGGUGGUAAUCCCCCCCAAGCACCGGUAACAGCCAGGGCUCCCCGCUAGUCAGACUCAAGUAAUAAUACUGCUCCAGCAAAACCCACACGGACUCCGGUCAUUCAGCGAAAUACAACCAUUCUACCUUCUCCAGUGGGCGGAUCUCACUGUGCGACUUCCCCAGGAUGGCUUCCCGGUGGCCUCCCCCGCCCUCUCCGCACGGGCUUCUUUUUGGGGAGGAGGGAGGCCCAGCAGGACAGGCUGACCCCACGUUCGCCCUUCCCUGUCCCCUUGGUCUCCUUUCCUCUCCUUUUCUCGCAAUUUCAGUCAUUCACUUGCAACAGACUCCCUGAAACAACUGCUUUUCCAGUUCUUUGUUUAAUGCCUCCUUGGGAGGCUGGGGAGCAGGGGGAGCUGGGUGAGUGGCGGCCCCGCGGCAGCUCCCCCUUCGCCCUCCAUCACGCGGCCUUAUGUAGACUCGCUUUGCCAAACUUUUGCCUUAAGCUGAAUUUAAAGGAAAAAAAAACCGAAGCAAAGAAAGCAGGAUCUCUUUUUCUACUGGGCUCUCCACCUGCCAGAGGUGAGGGAGGGGGCUGGGGCGGGGAGGAGAGAACCUCACGGGCCCCCUGCCGUGGUCCUGGGGGAAGACAGGGCGCAGAUUUAGGUCCAAAACCAGCUGCUCAUUCUUUUGUUUCAGGAGAAACAGAGCCACGAACUCUGCCUCGAGGGGCCCUUCCCGUGGCCCCAGGUAGAUCCGCACGCCACCUACCUGUGGGCCAGAGCCGUGAGCUACGGGCGGAGCGGCGGGUGUUCCUCUCCUGUCCCUGCUUGCAGCCCCCCCUUGGCUUGGCGUGUCUGGGAGGCGCCAGGGCGUCCGCCGGGCGUCACGGGGUCGAGCCCAGGGAAUCGUUGGCAUCCCAGCCCUCCGCACCAUCCACAGCUGGGCCCGCCCACACUGCUGGGUGUGUGGCUUUUCCUUUUCUAGCCACACCUGUCCCAAACACCUGGAGGGCCAGCCACCUUGACACAGCUGUGGUUUAAAUGGGAGGAAGCCCUGUGCCGGCCCGGCUGCUCCUCAGGGACGUCCCUCGCAGGUGCUCUGGGCAGGGCUACCGAGGAGUCACCUGCGGCGGGUGGUCUUGGAUCCGGGCAUGUGGGGAGGCAGCAGACAUAGCCCCUCCUGCGGCUUGUCCUCAAGGGCGUAAACCAGGGCCCAGGGCUGGGAGAUUAAGUGGGGUCAAGGUCAGUAAGCACCGGGAGGCUGGUCUGGGACAACGCGGCUAGGCUUGGGGGCCGCCCUGCCUUGGGUCCUGGGCCCUCUGGGCUACACCACGCUUUCUUAGCAAUGUCUAAUUUGGAGGCUGCUUGUGGGAGCUCUGGGAACACCCCAGGGACGCCCCCUCCUCCAAGCUCACCAAGUCCACAGUACAUCACCCAGGCCCCACAUUCGAACUAAUAAUAACCAAGCACAGAAGAUUGUCAGAUAAGAAAAAUAAUCCAUUUCUGCUGCACAUGAGCCACUUGUAGGAGCCCCAGGGACAACGUGGGAGGGCAUGGGUCACCUAAUCCUUGCUGGGCUCCUUGUCCACAUAGCACUGUAUCUAUUCAAGGGGUGCUUAUCACCCAGGCUGUCUCUUGAGCCCGGCCCUGAUGGGAGGCCUGCAGCUAACCCGGAGCAACUGGACUGGAAAUAGCUGUGAUGCCAGCCGCGAGCGGGGUGCUUGGGGAAACCCUGUCAGGCCAGGGACCUGCCCCCUGGGAACGGCCGGUUGCCUUCCGUGUGUGCGGAGUUCCUGCCGUCCAGGGAGGCCACACCCUCGAGUGAGGGGAGCGAUGGGUUCUGACUCCACUUCCGGGGUCACACGGGAAGGGGCCAGGGUUAACCCGUUCCGCCGCUGUGGACGGGACCUGGCCUCCUGAUGGAGUGGCCCUUCUCUGCACUCAGGUCUUUCUUGCACUAAAAAGGAGAAAGGGGCUUGGGCAAGGGGUCGGGAAGCCGGAGCUCUGCUUCUGCGCCGGGUCAUCACCAAGGGGUUCUCCCUGGGGUAGGGGCAGGAGUAGGCAAGAACAGGAAAGGGUACUCCCAAGCUGUUCUGGGGGAGAGGUGCCCGAAGCCGCACAUCCAGGGCCAAGCCCGCUGUGCCCACGAGGGGAGCGGAGCUUCUCUGGCCGCUGCCAGCUUGGCCUGCCGCACGCCUGGUCCUCAGCCUGCCUCGCUCCCUGGCUCCUCCCGCCCUCCUGUGCCCCUUCCUCUCUGCCCCUCCUGGCCUUUCUUAAGAUGGGGCUGGGAAGACCCGGAGAGGCUGCAGGUCCGGCCAAGGACACUCAGCUUAGCUUGGGUCUGGACCCCCAGCCUCCCGCCUCGUACCAGGAGCGCAGACCCCAGUCUCUCACCUGGGUCCCCGGUCCCUUUGGUGUCCCCGGGUGCGGACACACUCCAGCAAUAAGGAUGUGGCGAGUACUGUGAAACAAACCAGGGCACUUACCAGGAGGCCUAAGACUCUUGAAGACAAUGUAAAAUGAACCUUUUUAAAAAAACAACAAAUGUUCAGAAAGAGAAAUAAAAUGUAAUUUUAAAGUA